AUGUUGGUAGAUACGGCGUACACAAUGGCCGCCAUAAUAGAGGGCAAAAAUCGUGUCCAAUGGGACGACAAUAACAGUAAUAUCCGCGAAGAGAUGAUGUAUUACAUUACGGAUGGCAUGUACGGGUCGUUUAGGUGGACCCAUAUGGCCAACCGGGUCAGUGAUCCCAUACCCCUUGACACCCAUAAACCCAACGAAACGCUAUAUAAGACCACUAUAUGGGGCCCGACGUGCGAUUGUAACGACGCCGCCCGAAAGGAUGUUAUGCUACCGGAGCUGAAUAUCGGCGAUUGGAUUUACUUUAAAACAAUGGGCGCCUAUACCAUGAGCACCGGUACCGAGUUUAACGGGUUUAAAGUACCUCGACAAUUGUUUUACGUGACUAACAAGGCGCGACGUUUUAUAGACAACAUGUCUAAUAGGGACAAGAUUAUGGCGGUUUUAGAAACUGGUUUGAUCCAGGGUAUCCCCGUUUUUACUGGACCCAGUGUUAACGGUACUGUUCCCGCGAAUGUGAUUAACUUUAAUAAACCUAAAGUCGAGUCAACUAUUGAGGACGUGAUGCGGUACGUAAUUGCUGUCAAUUCCAGCACCGGUAGUCUCGAUGAGCCUUUCUAUGUGCUAGACGUGGAGGAUAUCAUCGAAAAGCACCGCAAACUAGUCGAGUGUAUACCGCGUGUACAGCACUACUAUGCCGUCAAAUGUAAUCCCUCGCCAUUAGUACUGCAACUACUGGCGGGACUGGGGGUCGGCUUUGAUUGCGCCUCGAAGGGUGAGAUCGACAUGAUACUCAACAUAGGCGUCCCACCGAACCGUAUAAUAUACGCCAACCCAUGUAAACCCGGCUCAUAUAUACUAUAUGCCGCAAAUAAGGGCGUAACACGAAUGACGUUUGACACGGAGCAUGAACUCUACAAAGUACGUCAACUGCAUCCCGGUGCCGAAAUGGUGGUACACAUUCACGUGGAUGAACAUUACUCUAAAUGCCCCCUGGGCACUAAAUUUGGGGCACCUCUACGAAGGGUACGCCAUCUAUUAGAAGUUGCUAAACAGUUGGGCGUAAACGUGAUUGGCUGUAGUUUUCAUGUUGGCAGUGGGUGCCAGAGCGGGGAGGCCUACACCAAAUCUAUAGCUGACGCUAGACUGGUGUUUGACAUUGGUCAGAAUUUAGGAUUUGAUAUGCGUCUACUUGAUAUAGGUAUUGUGGACUCUGCAUUCACAUUAGCUACGACUAUAAUCGGGAAAAAGUGUGUGGAGUGGGAGGACAGUCGUCCCCCGGAAAUGAUGUACUAUUUAAACGAUGGUCUGUACGGCUCGUUCACGUGCACCCGACUCGACCACGUGGUCACUGAACCCAUACCCUUGGAUAUGGGCUUUAAUACGCCUAUAGCUAACCGUCCCAUAUAUAUCACUACACUAUGGGGGCCGACAUGUGAUAGUCAUGAUUGGGUCAAAAAGGAUGUCAUAUUCCCGGACAUGCAUAUCGGAGAGUGGGUAUACUUUAAGAAUAUGGGCGCCUAUACCCUGAGCACCAGUACCGAGUUUAACGGUUUUAAAGUGCCCAGGCUGCUGUAUCAUUUGUCUGGACGGGCACGACAUAUGUUGCGGUUAUUGCCUAAUAUGGCGAAGGUUAUGGAGAUUAUGGGAACCGAUACUAUUAGUACUAUUUCCACAUUGAAUAGUAUGGCAGUAGACAAGACAUAG